ACUCGUGCCUUGGUCUGACCCAGCAUGUGUGCGUGAGAGUGUGUGCUGACAAACAGCUGGCAGAGGUGACAUUCAUCAGUUUUACCCGUUUGGAAUAAAUGAAAAGCUAUAAAAUCUGGAUAUUUACAUGAAUCAGCGAUGCCCUGUGUACAAACCCAGUAUGCACCCCAGCCGCAUGACAACUACUUCAGCUCCGAGUUCUUGAAUCCCGACCUCAGUGCCAAAUCGGUGAUGGACAUCGGUGGCCAAAAUGAACACCUGUCUACGUCUUCCUUGCCCAGCAUCAACACACUGGUGGGGAAUGGCUAUGUGGGGGAGUUUGAUGCUUAUUCCUGCAAGAUUACCUCCCCUCCCGCCUCUACAGUUUCCUUCAGCCACGCGGCCGUACCUGAAAACUCAUGCCCUCAGAUGCAAAGCCACGGCUUCAAGGUGGAUGAUCUUCAGGUGUAUGGCUGUUACCCGGGUUCCUUUGUGCUGAGCUGCCUUGACGAAACACUAUCAUCAUGUGGCUCUGACUACUAUGGCAGCCCAGUUUAUGCCACUGGAUCCCCUCCAACGUCAGGCUUUCAGGCCCAAUCUGCACCUCUCUGGGAUUCCCCUUUCAGCCCCUACCCUUCAGCCUCCCCAUCCUCAAUGGCAGACAAGGGCUCCGUGGCCCAGCAGCCCUCAUUUUUCACCUUUGGCAGCCCUACACUAGAGCAACACUCUCCACUGGGACAGCAUAAGGAUGCUCAGGCAGGCCACGAUGACCACUUCUUCUUGCCCACUCCGCAGCAUGUCUCUCCGCUUGAUUGCCGCCCCUUGUCCCUUGAGCACGGACUCCUGGAAAGCCCCAGGACAGUAGAGGGGGCCAUGGCGUCUCCUAAAACACACAACUCGGGAUCCAGUGAGGGCCGCUGUGCAGUUUGUGGUGACAACGCAUCCUGUCAGCACUAUGGAGUCCGCACCUGCGAAGGCUGCAAAGGUUUCUUCAAGCGAACUGUACAGAAAAAUGCAAAAUAUGUGUGCCUUGCCUGUAAAGACUGUCCUGUGGACAAGAGGAGGAGAAACCGCUGCCAGUUCUGCCGUUUCCAGAAAUGUCUCGCUGUGGGGAUGGUCAAAGAAGUUGUUCGCACGGACAGCCUCAAAGGUCGUCGGGGUCGUCUGCCCUCCAAACCCAAGAGUGUGUCCGAGGCAUCACCCACAACCCCUAGUGCCAACAUCAUAGCCUCUCUUGUCAGGGCUCAUCUAGACUCAAACCCAACCAUUGGAAAGCUCGACUACUCCAAGUACCAGGAGACUGUGGUGAACCUGAAAGAAAAGGAGGAAGCUGGGGAUAUCCAGCAGUUUUAUGACUUGCUAACCGAAGCUUUGGAUGUAAUAAGAAACUGGGCUGAAACCAUCCCAGGAUUCAAAGAUUUCUGCACAGAGGACCAGGAGCUGCUCCUUGAAUCAUCUUUUGUUGAACUCUUCAUUCUGCGACUCGCAUACAGGUCAAACCCAGAGAAGAACAAGCUGAUCUUCUGUAACGGUUUGGUCCUCCACCGACUGCAGUGCGUUCACAGUUUUGGUGACUGGAUUGACUCCAUCAUGGAUUUCUCCCAGAACCUUCACCGUAUGAACUUAGAUGUCUCCUUGUUUGCCUGUCUCGCAGCGUUAGUCAUCAUCACCGAUCGCCAUGGCCUCAAAGAGCCCAAACGGGUCGAGGACUUUCAGAGUAAUCUCAUCACUUGUUUAAGGGAACAUGUGAGCGGAAGCGGAUCAGAAGCGAGCCGGACCCAGCCUAACUAUCUUUCUCGUCUUUUGGGCAAACUCCCCGAACUGAGGACUCUGUGCACACAGGGCCUACAGCGCAUCUUUUACCUCAAACUAGAGGACCUGGUCCCUCCACCACCAAUAGUGGAGAAAAUCUUCAUGGAUACUCUGCCGUUCUGAAAAUACAUGACCACAAACAAGGUAUUUGUAACGAUGAUGGACUCAAAGAACCUAAUAUGAGGUUUUAUCAUUGAACUCUAGUGGUGUACCUCCUUCUAUCACACUGACCUGUGUGCAGAUACAUGUCUGACGUUGUUCAAGACACCAUUAUUUUUCUAUCAUUAACUCUCAAAAAGUGUGUGGUGCAUGUAUGAGAUUUAUUUUGGGUCAAUGACACUGUCACAGACAGAACUGGUGUUCGUAUUAACUAUUCAGGACACUGUUUAUAUUUCUGUGUGCAUUUGUAAAGUGACUUCCUUGCUGUGCUGGAUGUGUGAAUGUUGUCCUGCUGUGCAGCUGGUGAGCCAUGGAUAUUUGGGUAGAUACAAUGCAGUGUUACCUACUCAGCUUUUCCUAAAAUCAAAAGAAACACACACAUUUAUUUUAAAAAGCAGUAUUUAAAGUUGAUUUUUGAUCCCACUAAGAAGCUGAGACAGUAGACAAUUAGGGAGAAAAAGGCCGUCAGAAUCACACGUCUUCUCUGUAAGAGCUUUUUCAAAAGGGAAAUAUUGACUUGUUCAUUAUAUCACAAAAGAUAGUUUAAACCCUAAUUGGGCUCCCGUGGAAGGUCCCGGACCAAAGUUUACACAUAUUUUACUACUACCACUGAAAACCUUAUUGCCUUAAGUUAAGCAAAAUGUUCUGCCAUCCCUCUAUGCUGCCAUUUUGCAACUUGUAGAAUGGGAUGCUGGCAGCGUUACCGUUGCACUGCAUGGCCCUGUGACAACACACUUGUGUUGUUGUGUUGGCACACAAGUGCCUUUUGUCAAUUCCUUCAACAAUAACAAGUGAGAAUAAGUCAGUUUUCUUUCCAAACAUCACAUACAGCAAGCCCAAUGUAUUACACAUGUGAAAUAAUAAUUUCCACUGUUCAGUAUUCAUUGAAUCAUUGAAUUUUAUUUCAUUUGUGAAUAUGAUGUUAGGACAGAUUUUUGAUAUGAAGUGCCUGAGGGAACCAAUUGAUAGUAGACUGUAAAAGAGCGAACCAUACAUGAACUCACACAUCGUACUGCUGAACUGGGAAGACAUCAACAGCUGACAGUUGUUAUUGGAUCGACAGUACUAAAUUCUGUUUACAUGUUCCCGUCGCAGGGAAAUUCAUGACCGCACCAGAGCCAGUUUAAGAAUAAAAAUGUAUUUUAACCAAAGAAUGCUUCAAAAUCCACAUGCAUAAAGCAGACAUUUCACUUUGACAUCAACUGGUUCCUUGGCUUUGGCUGCAAAUACAUUCACCUGCGUGUUUGUAAAGCUCUCCAAAUGUCUUCCACAUUCUUCGUUUCCAAGUUUGAUUUUUUUGCAUUUCUCUCUCCAAGUGAACUAAAUAAAUAUCUUAAGGAAUCACAAAUGGGACGAGAACAUGAGCAGCUAAGAGCACUUACCAAACAGUGUUCACACAACACGAAGAACACUUCUUUCUCCUGUAUGUGCUGUUGUUUUUUGAGAUGUGUGUGUGUGUGUGUGUGUGUGUGAGAGAGUGUGGACGUAUAUACUGCCAGGGCUUUUGUAAAAUGGUGCAGAAGUGAUAAAAGAGAGAUAAUAUUUGAUAUUAAAACGUUUUUGAAAAUACA